CGCAUCAGGACUAGCGUCAAAUGCCCGAAAUUCUUCCUCGACCGCGAAGAACAACCGGCAUAUCUGCAACCGGCGCUUCUCCUUUCGGUUCCUCCAGACAGAGGCCAUUGCGAUCAUGGCUUCGAAUAUUUCUAUCCGCAGUCUUAGGGCUGCCGUCUGCCCUAAUUGCCGCUCUUUUGCCCGUCCCAGUCCCGGUUCAAUUGCGUCCGUAGCAGCUUUCUCACGCCGCGGACAGUCCACGUCUACAUCUGCUCCGGCUGAAGCAGCAGACGUCGGUGGCCAGAAGCCACGAUGGUCGUAUACGCCACCUCUGGCAAAGGCCCCCUUCAGUUUGCGUUUGAACUCGAAGAGACCCGAAUUCCCGGUCAACUCAGAUCCCAAAGUCCUCGACGAAUUCUACAUUCGGUUGCUUGGAGAUGGCGGCGAUAAGGUUCUUUCGGAGGAGGUCAAAUGGCUUGCUGUUACGCACAAGAGCUUCGACCAGGGGCGAAGAGGAUUUAAUGAUCGUUUGGCAUUCCUAGGAAAACGGAUUGUGCAGUUACAGGCUUCUAUGGUCCUAGCACAAAGUGCGAAGAAGACUCCGACCACGGAGGACCCCUUUGGGCGGACGCCUUUCUCCCACCCGGCACUGGAUGGCUUGACCAAUCUCUCCUCCGACAAGAAGAACUUCCUCACCAGCAAGUUGAAGCUUGCUGAGCUUGCGGAUAAGUACGAGCUACAGAAGGUUUUGAGAUGGUCCCCAAGAAAUCCCGAAGAUCUCCACUUCUCCGGACUCGAGCUCGUCCAAGCCCAUACCUUGUACGCAAUUGUAGGUGCUAUUGCUCUUGAACAGGGCGGAGUCGUUGCCAACAAGAUAGCGCGCAAGCGAAUAUUGGAACCCUUGGGAGUGAAAAUAGUUUCGUGAGAUGGGUUUUGGUUUGGAGCAUUUUCCGGGCGUUAGCUAUUUUCUUUUUUCGCUUUCCUUCUGUUCUUGGAUGUGUUACACUUUGCCGGGGACUAUUUUCAUCCACUGUAUAUGUAUUACUCUUGAUGUCUGGUCAAAUCUUGUUGCGAAUACCACCAUGGGCUAGUCUUUUCCUUACGCGCUGUGGUCUCGUCUAUAAAGAAAAGAAAAAAAAUUCAUACAGAAAGAUAUGCAGAAAGAUAAAAGAUAAAUGAAUUCGUAUAGCAAAGAAAAAGUUAUUUGCGAUCUCUCUGACACCGCCCGAGUAACAUGAGAAAAAUACACGGCCAGCUCUUAUGAGACCCUCGUUACCGAUUCACAGUCUUCGCACCUCUGUAUCGCAAGUCAAUAAUGGACAAACCGGACAGCUAGUGACAGAAAGCCAGUCUAGCCGCGGCAAGAAAGUUACUGCCUUGCACUGUCU